UCCUCUAACGCUGCAGCUGCUGUCGUCUCUUCUACUCACACACUGUCGCACAGCCAUGGCGGACAGCGCGAGCGAGAGCGACACCGACGGAGCGGGGAGCAGCUCGGCCACCCCGAUGUCAUCUUCCGCUUCUAAUUCGGGAAAACCGAGCAUAGUUAUUUCACAGUUUCGAUUGGAGGAACUGACGAAUCGCCUGGCCUCGCUACAACAGGAGAAUAAAGUUCUUAAAAUUGAGCUGGAGACGUUCAAACUCAAGUGCAAAGCUCUGCAGGAGGAGAAUCGGGACCUCCGCAAGGCUAGCGUCACCAUUCAAGCCAGAGCUGAGCAGGAGGAGGAAUUUAUCAGUAACACCUUGUUCAAGAAGAUCCAGGCACUGCAGAAGGAGAAGGAGACCUUGGCAGUCAACUAUGAGAAAGAAGAAGAAUUUCUCACUAACGAACUGUCAAGGAAGCUCAUGCAACUCCAACAUGAGAAGGCAGAGCUGGAGCAGCAUUUGGAGCAGGAGCAAGAGUUCCAGGUUAACAAGCUGAUGAAAAAGAUCAAGAAGAUGGAGAAUGAGACCAUCUCAAAGCAGCUAACCUUGGAACAGUUGAGACGGGAGAAGAUCGACCUUGAGAACACAUUAGAGCAGGAACAAGAAGCUCUGGUUAACAGACUGUGGAAACGGAUGGACAAGCUAGAGGCUGAGAAAAGGAUUCUCCAGGAGAAGUUGGACCAGCCUGUAUCAGCUCCUCCCUCCCCAAGAGAUGUUUCCAUGGAGAUCGACUCACCAGAGAACAUGAUGCGGCAUAUCCGCUUCCUCAAAAAUGAGGUGGAGAGGCUUAAGAAGAGCCUGCGCACCACAGAGCUGCAGCACACAGAGAAACGUGCUCAGUACAUCGAAGAGGAGCGACACAUGAGGGAAGAAAACAUCCGACUGCAGAGAAAACUUCAGAGAGAGAUGGAGCGCAGGGAGGCCCUGUGCAGACAGCUUUCAGAGAGCGAAUCCAGUCUGGAAAUGGACGAUGAGAGGUACUUCAACGAGAUGUCUGCACAGGGCUUGCGAGCACGGACCGUUUCCAGCCCCAUCCCCUACACCCCGUCCCCCAGCUCCAGCAGACCCAUAUCACCUGGUCUCUCAUAUGGCAGCCACACAGUUGGCUUCACCCCUCCAGCUACACUGUCCAGAGCUGCCAUCUCCCACUACAACACCCCUGCCCUGCACGUCCACGGAAGCUCCUCUCACGCCGUAGCGAGGCCCUCCCCAAGAAGAAGCACCAGCCCAGACAAGUUCAAACGUCCAACACCCCCGCCCUCCCCCAAUACACACUCAGGGGCCCAGCAGCCUCAGCCUCCGCUACCCCCACCAGCCCAGCCCAUGGUCCAGUCCAUGUCCUCCCCGGCAGCUAUGUCGCAGCACGCAGCAGCAGCAGCACAGCAGCCUCCCUCCCAGCCUUAACGCCACACAGUCUCUGUCUUUGCGCGUGUUCGCGCACACUGAAUGCCACGAUGCUACCGCAACAGCAGCUUCCAUCAUUACCAGCUCUGGAAGUCAAGUUUCUUACUCUCUACCAACUCCACUAAAGAAGCAGCUUCAAAAGUUUUAAAAGGGGAAAGAAACAAGAUGGUGGCAGACCCACAGUGAAGCAAGCCGCCUGCCAAAUCUACACGUGGCGUUACUUACCUUCUCUUAAAAGGAAUGGAUGGACUGAAAAAUAAUCGCUUCUGGGAUUUGUAGGCCAAUUAUCUGUUCCACCUUUUGUCUUGUACAUGUUAUGUUUUUUUUUUCUUUGCUUGGGACUUAGCUGGUUGGAGUCGUUGUGGCGCUUCUGAGAUAGCACAAACAGCACAGAGAGUUUGUUUCCUGGUUGUGUCUUCUAAAAAGUUGGAUGUUUGGAUCAACGGAUGGAUGUAUGGCUAGAGACACGGAUGAGUUGAUAGAUGGAUGUGGUUGAUUCUUUUCAUGCCUAUAAUAUGACUCAAUUGCAGUAAUGUCCUCCACUCUGGUGCACCCCACCUCCUUUUUCUCAAAGACUGUCAGCAAUUCACCCUGACCCCAAAGUUUAACACAGCUUCGAUUAGGUCAACAAGAUGCAUCACAGAAGACUGCUAGGAUUAUCUCCAUUAUAGGGCAUUGAUCAAACAGAGCUGAUGCCACAGUUAUUUUACUUCCCUAAAGCAUUCAAAGGCUCUGCUGCUCUUCAGUUAAAGGUAAAAAGGAAAAAAAAAUCAUCAAGGAGGAUGGACACUGGUACAUAAACCACAGAUAAAUGUCGCCUAUUGAGGUGUAUAAAAUGUAGUCUGAGGUGUUACAACUUAGUCAUGUACUCGGUCUCUUCUCUGCUCUUCUCUCUCUGGUGUAUUUCUGAACGCUUCUAUCAUCCUUAUGGAUAUUCCUCAUCAGAAAAAGGAAAAAAACAUGCUCUUUACACUAAAUAUACAUACUGCUAAAACAUUCUAAAUGAAUGGUACUGUUGAACUAAAUUUCUAUGUAUGAUUAAAGCUCUCAAGAUGACAACCUCCAA